AUGCCGGAGAAACGUGACCAAUGCGUGGUGAUGGCUACAGGGUCAGGGAAGAGCCUCUGCUAUCAGUUCCCUCCUGUUUAUACUGGACAGCUUGGUGUUGUCAUCUCCCCACUCAUCUCCCUUAUGGAAGACCAAGUGGAAGCCCUUCAGGUUGCUGGCAUAGAAGCAUGCUUUUUGGGAUCAGCCCAAGGCUCAAGCAAAAAGGUCCUGAAUCAAGUUUGGGAAGGGGAGAUGAGGUUGGUGUAUGUGACUCCAGAAUAUGUGCAGGAAGAGAUGGUUCAAGAUGGUCUCCUGUCCAAAUGGCAUGAAAGGAUUGGAAUUACUCUGAUUGCCAUUGAUGAAGCCCAUUGCAUUUCUCAGUGGGGGCAUGACUUUCGCAGUUCUUACAGAUGCAUGGGAGGGUUGAAGAAGCUGUUUCCAGAUGUCCCUAUUAUAGCACUAACUGCCACUGCCACACCUGAUGUCAUCAAGGAUAUCUGCAGCAAUCUGCAAAUGAGGGAUCCACUGGUGACACGCACAGGCUUUGAUAGAAGCAACCUCCACUUGGAAGUGUCUCCAAAAGGAGUGAGUGUGCUCAGUGACCUGGGACAUUACCUGAGGGAUCAUCACCCUUAUUAUGGACCCACCAUCAUUUAUUGUCCUACUAAGAAAGUCACUGAUACUAUCACCACAACACUGAAAUCAGCAGGAAUUCAAUGUGUGGCAUAUCAUGCUGGAAAGACAAUUGAACAGCGGAAGACUGCUCAUCGAGAAUUCAUUCGUGACAAUGUACCUGUCAUUGUUGCCACCAUUGCAUUUGGAAUGGGCAUUGAUAAGCCUGAUGUGCGGAUGGUGAUUCACUAUGGUGCCCCCAGGGAUCAAGAAUCAUACUAUCAAGAGAUUGGAAGGGCUGGUCGAGAUGGUUUUCCAUCAAAAUGCCAUGUGUUUUACAGCAAAGCUGAUUUUGCCAUUUACAGAUUGCAGCAACAAUGGAAUGGUGAAGUAUUGUCUGGAAGACAUGAUGAGAAACUAGAUGUUGGAAAGGAAAUGCAUCAGAUGAUGAAAGCCAUAGAUGCUUGUGGGGGUAAAACAGGGCUGACCAUUCCCAUGCUCCUCCUCAGGGGUUCCAACAGCCAGCGUCUAAAGGCUCAGCUACAAAGGCACCCUUUGCAUGGGUCAGGGAAAGAGCACUCUGAAGCUUGGUGGAAAGCCCUUGGAUCCAUGCUUCUCUGUGAAGGUUAUCUCCAGCAGUCAUCCUAUCUUCCUUCUGCCAGCACCUUUGCUUUGUCUACAACCCACUUGAGUUCCAAGGGAGAACAGUUUCUCAAGACAUAUGUCGAAGGCUCUGAAUUCAAGCUCCGUAUCAAUGCAGACAUGAGAAUGCUUCAGCAAUCUCGAGUGCCUGCAUUACCAGUACAAUCUGCAGUUCCUGUCCAACCCAAGUUGGUAACUACAAGUACUAACAAGAAAAUCUUGCCUCUCAUGGCCAUCAAUGAAUGGUCACAAUACUUUGAUGAGUGUUCCAAUCCUGUGCAAAUGGAGGUUUCUGUUGACCAAGAUGAUUCAUGUGAGACAGAGUUGUAUAGCAUAUUGGUGAAGGUUCGCAAUGACAUGGCAUCAGAAAAAGGUAUAGCUCCCUACAUGGUGGCCUCAAACAAAAGUCUUCUUGCUGCUGUUCGACAUCGUCCAUCAGCUGUUGAUCAACUUGAAAAGGUUGAGGGCUUCAACAAAGUGAAAGUUCAAAUGUUUGGACCUGCAUUUGUGAAGAAGAUAGUUGAAUACAGUAAGGAGAAAGGGCUCAAGUUGGACAUCUUUGCAGAAGAGAUGCAGAAUGGAAAUAAGAAAGUUAAUGUGGCAGGCAUUGUGAAGCAGGCAGAGAAGGUCCUCACAACAACCCAAAUAUGCACUUACCUCAUGUUCUGGCAAGAGGGGAAGGAUGUCAAUGAAAUCAGUAAACAAAGUGAUGCCAUUAGAAGAGGCCUCCCAGUUGAUGUAAGAAGACUUGGAGUCACACCACCUCUUGUGGAUAGCAUCACCAAAAUUGUACGCAGUGAACCCAUUAACUCUGACAUCAGCAAACUCACUCCUAUAAAGCAGCUGUGUCCUGAAGAUGUGACAUGGGAGCAGCUCAAAGUUGCUGUUGCAUUACUUUCAUAUAAAUUCAUUGGCCAACAACUCGAGACUGAUGCGUACACUGGAGAGGAAUCAAGGGAUACUACUGACAGAAACUCCCAGUCAGUGACCCAGGAACACAUACCAAAGAAGGAAGUUGGCAGCAAAUCCCAAGAGCAGAUGCACGGGCAAGAUGAAAAGCAAAAGCGAAAGCUACCAGAGUGGCUAGGUAGCAGUGAUUCCAAGCAGGCCAUGGAGAAGAAGAUGAAGAAAAACUCUCUCUUCAAGUUGUGAUACUUGAAAUCCUUGAAACGUCAUCCUUAAGAUGUCCUCCUUCUCUUGAAUUAUGUUCACACAAGGGUGAAUUCCUCAAUACAGUGCUUCCAUGUCAUUCUUCUGAAACUGCUUAUUCUGUGAUGCUACAGGC